UCAUUGUUCAACUCCCACCUAUGAGUGAGAAGAUGCGGUGUUUGGUUUUCUGAUCUUGUGUUAGUUUGCUGAGAAUGAUGGUUUCCAGCUUAACCCAUGUCCCUGCAAAAGACAUGAACUCAUCCUUUUUUAUGGCUGCAUAGUAUUCCGUGGUGUAUAUGUGCCACAUUUUCUUUAUCUAGUUUAUCAUUGGCAUUUGGAUUGGUACCAAGUCUUUGCUAUUGUGAAUAGUGUUGCAAUAAACAUACGUGUGCAUGUGUCUUUAUAGUAGAGUAAUUUAUAAUCCUUUGGGUAUGUACCCAGUAAUGGUGAGACACAGGACUAGCUGGAUUUCCUAGGCCAACUAAGAAUCCCUAAGCCUAGCUGGGAAGGUGACCGCAUCCACCUUUAAACAGGGUGCUUGCAUCUUAGCUCACACCCGACCAAUCAGGUAGUAAAGAGAGCUCACUAAAAUGCUAAUUAGGCAAAAACAGGAGGUAAAGAAAUAGCCAAUCAACUAUCACCUGAGAGCACAGCGGGAGGGACAAUGAUCAGGAUAUAAACCCAGGCAUUCGAACCAGCAACGGCUGCCCUCUUUGGGUCCCCUCCCUUUGUAUGGGAGCUCUGUUUUCACUCUGUUAAAUCUUGCAACCGCACUCUCUUCUGGUCCGGGUUUGUUAUGGCUGGAGCUGAGCUUUCGCUCGCUGUCAACCAUUGCUGUUUGCCACAGUCACAGACCCGCCGCUGACUUCCAUCCCUCUGGAUCCAGCAGGAUGUCCACUGGGCUCCUGAUCCAGCAAGGUGCCCAUUGCCGCUCCUGAUCGGGCUAAAGGCUUGCCGUUGUUCCUGCACAGCUACGUGCCUGGGUUCGUCCUAAUCGAGUUGAACACUAGUCACUCGGUUCCACGGUUCUCUUCUGUGACUCAUGGCUUCUAAUAGAACUAUAACACUCACCACAUGGCCCAAGAUUCCAUUCCUUGGAAUCCGUGAGGCCAAGAACCCCAGGUCAGAGAACACGAGGCUUGCCACCAUCUUGGAAGCGACCGGCCGCCAUCUUGGAAGCGGCCCGCCACCAUCUUGGGAGUUGGAACUCCCGGUUCCAGCUUGGGAGCAAGGAACCCCGAACCUACAUUAAGAAACUCAUUCAGAUGCAUCAGCCGUUUGUAAAGCACCUGUCGUGAGCCGGAGAGUAUUAUGAGGGAGGCCGAGGACUUCAUGCUCCGGACAGAGAAACGGCGUUGGGAUUAGGGAUUGCCACUUCUGAGAGGAUGCUGGGAAUCUGCAGGGGGAGACGGAAAUUCUUGGCUGCCUCGUUGAGUCUUCUCUGCAUCCCAGCCAUCACCUGGAUUUACCUGUUUUCUGGGAGCUUCGAAGAUGGAAAGCCCGUGUCUCUGUCACCACUGGAGUCCCAGGCACACAGCCCCAGGUACACGGCCUCCAGCCAGCGGGAGCGCGAGAGCCUGGAGGUGCGCAUGCGCGAGGUGGAGGAGGAGAACCGCGCCCUCCGCAGGCAGCUCAGCCUGGCCCAGGGCCGAGCCCCAUCCCAUCGCCGAGGCAACCACUCCAAGACCUACUCCAUGGAGGAGGGCACUGGAGACAGCGAGAACCUUCGGGCUGGCAUCGUGGCAGGCAACAGCUCCGAGUGUGGGCAGCAGCCGGUCGUGGAGAAAUGCGAGACAAUCCACGUUGCUAUUGUCUGCGCCGGAUACAAUGCCAGCCGGGAUGUCGUCACCCUGGUCAAAUCCGUCCUGUUCCAUAGACGGAACCCUCUGCACUUCCACCUUAUUGCUGACUCCAUUGCGGAGCAGAUCCUGGCCACGCUCUUCCAGACCUGGAUGGUGCCCGCUGUGCGUGUGGACUUCUACAAUGCAGACGAGCUCAAGUCUGAAGUUUCCUGGAUCCCCAAUAAACAUUACUCUGGGAUUUAUGGUCUGAUGAAGCUUGUCCUGACCAAGACUCUUCCUGCCAACCUGGAGAGAGUCAUCGUCCUUGACACGGAUAUCACCUUUGCCACUGACAUUGCAGAGCUAUGGGCUGUGUUCCACAAGUUCAAAGAACCUGCAGGCAGUUUGGAAACAGCACUGGCAGAGGAGAAAACGAGACUCAGAUUUCUCAUCCUAGCUGUGACAGAGAUGCCAAGUAACCUAGUGGCUUUGUGCAAGUCCUUGAAUCUCACAGAACCUCAUGUUUCUCAUCUGCAAAGUCAGCAAGUCCUGGGCUUGGUGGAGAACCAGAGUGACUGGUACCUUGGAAACCUGUGGAAAAAUCACCGCCCAUGGCCAGCCCUUGGAAGGGGCUACAACACAGGGGUGAUCCUGUUACUUCUGGAUAAGCUGCGGAAGAUGAAAUGGGAGCAGAUGUGGAGGCUGACCGCAGAGAGGGAGCUCAUGGGCAUGCUCUCUACAUCCUUAGCUGACCAGGAUAUUUUCAAUGCCGUCAUCAAACAAAACCCCUUCCUUGUGUACCAGCUCCCCUGCUUCUGGAAUGUGCAGCUGUCAGACCACACCCGCUCCGAGCAGUGCUACAGAGACGUGUCUGAUCUAAAGGUCAUUCACUGGAACUCCCCCAAGAAGCUCCGGGUGAAGAACAAGCAUGUGGAGUUUUUUCGCAACCUCUACCUGACCUUCCUGGAGUAUGACGGCAAUCUUCUGAGGCGGGAACUGUUUGGCUGCCCCAGUGAGGCUGAUGUCAACAGUGAAAACCUCCAGAAGCAGCUGUCUGAGCUGGACGAGGACGACCUGUGCUAUGAGUUCCGGCGAGAGCGCUUCACUGUCCACCGCACCCACCUGUACUUCCUGCACUAUGAGUAUGAGCCUGCAGCAGACAGCACGGACGUCACCCUGGUCGCUCAGCUGUCCAUGGACAGGCUCCAGAUGCUGGAGGCCAUCUGCAAGCACUGGGAGGGGCCCAUCAGCCUGGCCCUCUACCUGUCAGACGCCGAGGCCCAGCAGUUCCUCCGCUACGCACAGGGCUCUGAGGUGCUUAUGAGCCGCCACAACGUGGGCUACCACAUUGUGUACAAGGAGGGCCAGUUCUACCCCGUGAACCUGCUGCGCAACGUGGCCAUGAAGCACAUCAGCACUCCCUACAUGUUCCUGUCUGACAUUGACUUCCUGCCCAUGUAUGGGCUCUAUGAGUACCUCAGGAAGUCUGUCAUCCAGCUCGAUCUUGCCAACACCAAGAAAGCAAUGAUUGUCCCCGCGUUCGAGACACUGCGCUACCGGCUGUCCUUCCCCAAGUCGAAAGCGGAGUUGCUGUCAAUGCUGGACAUGGGGACCCUCUUCACAUUCAGGUACCACGUCUGGACGAAAGGCCACGCACCCACAAACUUCGCCAAGUGGCGGACCGCCACCACGCCUUACCGGGUCGAGUGGGAGGCCGAUUUUGAGCCGUAUGUUGUUGUGAGACGUGACUGCCCGGAGUACGACCGGAGGUUUGUAGGCUUUGGCUGGAACAAAGUGGCUCAUAUCAUGGAGCUGGAUGUGCAGGAGUAUGAGUUCAUUGUGCUGCCCAACGCCUACAUGAUCCACAUGCCUCAUGCCCCCAGCUUCGACAUUACCAAGUUCCGUUCCAACAAGCAAUACCGCAUCUGUCUCAAAACCCUCAAGGAAGAGUUUCAGCAGGACAUGUCCCGCCGCUACGGCUUUGCUGCCCUGAAAUAUCUCACAGCCGAGAACAACAGCUAGCACCAAGAAGCCCACCACUAGGGGGAGACAUGCUGUAGGGGAAGUGCCACUCGCUAUUUGGGGCCCGGCCUUCAAAUUCAAAAUUGAGCCAUGCUUUUUUGGUUUGUUUUUAUUUAUCUCUUUGGCCCAGCCAAGCUGCCCUCACUACAGAGACCUUGGACAAGGAUCCAGCCAGCCCCUCUCUGCCCCACAACCCUGCAUUCCCAGAGGUUAGCUAUGCAGCCCACCUAGAUGAGUCUCUUCAAGAAUGGGAAAUCAAGGGGUGACAGGGAGUAAAAGGGUUAUCAUCUUACUGCAAAGCCACAAGAUCAAGGCAGGGCUUUAGGGUGUUCUGGUUGCUUUUUAAUAAUUAUGCUUCCCAUCAUAACUGGGGAGAAAGGGAAGUCAGGGUUCUAGGGGUUAUUCGUCCCAGGAAAUAGAAGUGAAAUUGUCUUUAUUAAGUGAAAACUUUCCCCUUUGCCCUUCAGUGUAGCUGGGCAUUCAAACGGAGGGCAAACCGAUGAUCUAAACCAACCACUUGGAAAAACCCAAUGGGGACAUUGUAACCAGAGGGUCCUGGAGGUGGGGUUGAUGGGUUUCCUUAUCCCCAGAGUUACUCCUGUUUUGUUUUGUUUUUCUUUGGGGGUUUUGUUUGUUUAUUUUUGGGGCUGGCAAUCCAAAAUAGAAAAUCUGAUCCUUUGAGGCUCUAAAGGAAAAUCAGCUGCCUCUACCAACCACUCUCUAUCAGCAGUGGCCCAGGAAGGAGGUCAGGCAUCUUUGGCCAAUAUUUAAACAUGGGCAGCUUCCUUCAGGAUGAUCACCGAGGCUCCCGUGACUUUGAACUCCCUACUCUCCAGAAUCCAGGGGCUACGAUGGGGACUGCGGAAUUACGAGGGCUGACUGUUACACCGGUCACAUUUUCUAUUGGCAGUGACUGAUUCAUGGGAAAGGGCUUUGAAGGAACUAUUUCAGUGCACACACAAGGUACGAACCUCUCAGGCCUUUAGAAGAACUUUCAUAAUUCAUGAAAGCCCAGUUCUGAAGAUUCACGUAUCCAUCUGGAGACCUACAGGAAGAAAGUGAUUGGGUUCCUCUGGUUCUUGCCUGCUUCACUGUGGAUGGGAAGAGGUGACAACCUCAGUCUCCCUUUGGGACCUGUCCAAGGGUAGGCAACCACCUUCACCUUCACAGAGAUUGAGGAGACACUGGACUUUUUACCCAUUUUCUUUAAUCUUCAAUAUUAAUAUUGUGUUUACAUUGAUGAGAACAAGAGUUAAUGCCCUACCCUCUGCUGGGCUGUUUGUAUUGAGUUGCAAUGUGACCAGCGAAAGCUGCAUUUAAUAAAUGAAAGUACAGACUG